UACUAACCUUUUGUUCUUUUUCUUUCAACUCCUUUCACCAUGGAGAACGGUUUUUCUUCUCCUCGGAGUGAUGCUUUUCCUGCCGGGCUCCGAGUUCUUGUUGUGGACGACGACCCGACAUGGCUUAGGAUUCUAGAAAAGAUGCUGAAAAAGUGUUCUUACGAAGUUACAACAUGCGGCUUAGCAACAGACGCGCUAAGAUUGCUCCGCGAGCGAAAAGAUGUGUUCGACAUUGUUAUAAGUGAUGUCAACAUGCCCGACAUGGAUGGUUUCAAACUUCUUGAGCAUGUUGGACUGGAGAUGGAUCUCCCCGUGAUCAUGAUGUCUGUAGACGGCGAAACGAGUAGAGUAAUGAAAGGUGUCCAACAUGGAGCCUGUGACUAUUUGCUUAAGCCUAUACGAAUGAAAGAACUCAAGAAUAUAUGGCAACAUGUAUUUAGAAAGAAAAUACACGAAAUAAAAGAUAUUGAAAAUCACGAGAGUAUUAUUGAAGGCAUGCAUUUAACAAGAAAUGGAUCAGAUUAUUCUGAUGAUGGCCACUUGCUUAGUGUGGACGAUCUCACUUCUGUCAGAAAAAGGAAAGAUAUGGAGAAAAACCAUGAUGAGAAAGACUUUAGUGAUGCUUCUUCUGCCAAAAAAGCUAGAGUAGUAUGGUCAGUUGAUCUUCAUCAGAAAUUUGUAAAGGCAGUUAAUCAGAUAGGAUUUGACAAAGUUGGUCCCAAAAAAAUUCUUGACCUGAUGAAUGUGCCAUGGUUAACAAGGGAGAAUGUUGCAAGCCACUUGCAGAAGUACCGCCUUUAUUUGAGCAGGCUACAAAAAGAAAAGGAGAAUUCUGGCAUGAAGCAUUCUGAUGCAUCUCCAAAAGAUCCUCCAGGAAGCUUUGGCUCCAUUCACCAAAGUGAUGUUGUGAAUAGCAGCUACCUAUUUUCUGGCAAUAGCUUGCUUCCCAGGACUGUGGACCCCAGCAGCCAUGAAGAUGAUCUGAAGAGCAUAAUCUCAGAGCCAGUCAUGGAACCCAAGAGACCCCCAGUGAACCUUCCUGAUUCUCACAAGACCAAGAAUUCACAGAUGGGCUUCAACCGUUCUUUCCAACCAUUGGAAUCUGAAGUCGACUUUGCAGCUUUCAAUUCCGGUAUCCCAACAAAGUCUUAUUGGGGUGAAGUACCAGAUGUUCAAUUUGGACAAGAACAUACGCCAUUUGUCCACUUAGAAAAUGGCUUCACCAAGUUGCCACUGCCUGAUCCAUUGAACCAUGUCAAUGCUGAUUCUCUACAGUCAAUUCCAUGUACUGCAGAGAGAGGCAUAUCUGGUCCCACUAAGAGUAAGCCUCCUUGUCCUGAAUAUGGAAGCAACCAAAUCAGUGAUCCUAGUCCAAAAGUAAGUAUACUCGAUCCCUUUCCUCAAAGUUCCAAGUCCAACAUAGUAAACCAUCAACGAGCUCUUGAGCCCAUUUACCCUUGUACAUCAUCCCUUACUACACAAGCCUCUUGUUUAAGUUGCACUGCUGAUAUAGAGUCUGCUCAAAGAGAUGUCCUAAACUUAGCAAGCGGGUCAUCUUCAACUCUUGCCUCUUUUGAGGAUGACUUGCAAGUUUUGUUUCAAGGGGAUUCCUAUGGAGACACUCUAGGAGUCAGAAACUUAGGAUUUUCGGACUACAUCGAUGCAGGGCUCAUCAAUGAAGUUCCCAUUCACUUGUAUGAUUCACUGAGGUUCGGCUACGAGUAUCCCUGUGAUAUGACAGAAUAUGCCAUAUUAGACCAAGCCUAUUGACUUGACUGCUCAGCCAGCUCUUUCUGCUCGGUCUUGGAUGAAGAUGAUCUUUUCUGCUUGUCCCUAAAUGAUGAACCAGUUUUUAAGUGGAUCUUUAAAUUAAUGGAUUGAGAUAUUAUUUCUCUGACCAGUUUGGUUUUUUGAUGUUGAGAUGUGUAUGAUAGCAGUGAUGGCAACCAUAAAGCAUCAUAAGCUUGCUCCAAUAACUUUGUACUCCGUUCUCAUAAAACCAGAAAACUGAGACAGAGUAGAAGUUAACUGCAAAAUAACAACAAAUAUGAUA